CUGGUGCCGCCCCUACCGGUGAUGCCUUAAGACACAGUCGACCUUCAUCCGUUAAUAAAGGUGGUGCUUCGGCGGCCGGGUCUCGCGACCGUCCCGCGACGGACGAGCGACUGCGGCACGUUCGCGACAGGCAGCAGGAAGAACGCCAGCGUCGGCUCGAGGAGCUGAGGGCCCAAGCGUUGGCCGCGCAGAGGUUCAGGGAACAGAAAGAGGAAGAGAGGAGGAAACGGAUCGAGGAGAUGCGGCUGAGGGAUAAUGACAGGCGCUCUCAGGUCGAAGAACGCAAGAAGGCGAUCUGGGAAGCAGAGCGCGACCGACGCGAGGCGAUUCUGCGCAAGAACCAGGAACGCGCGAAGCCAGGAUGGAAACGAAGCGCAGGAACGACCGCAGCAAUAUCGUCUUCGCGUUCGGAAGCUCGACGCCGCGUAUGCUCGAACCAGCAGACACUGGUGGAUCCUUCUGGGGACAUAGAAGGUGGUGCUUCGGCGGCCGGGUCUCGCGACCGUCCCGCGACGGACGAGCGACUGCGGCACGUUCGCGACAGGCAGCAGGAAGAACGCCAGCGUCGGCUCGAGGAGCUGAGGGCCCAAGCGUUGGCCGCGCAGAGGUUCAGGGAACAGAAAGAGGAAGAGAGGAGGAAACGGAUCGAGGAGAUGCGGCUGAGGGAUAAUGACAGGCGCUCUCAGGUCGAAGAACGCAAGAAGGCGAUCUGGGAAGCAGAGCGCGACCGACGCGAGGCGAUUCUGCGCAAGAACCAGGAACGCGAGGCCAGGAUGGAAACGAAGCGCAGGAACGACCGCAGCAAUAUCGUCUUCGCGUUCGGAAGCUCGACGCCGCGUAUGCUCGAACCAGCAGACACUGGUGGAUCCUUCUGGGGACAUAGAAGAGCCACAUCUACGACCAACGUGACGUUCACGGCGGCGCCUUUGACUAGGAGGUCAUCAGAACGCGAGCUGGACGGAAGCAAAAAACGCGCCACGAGCGCAGGCGGACUGGACAGACAGCCAGGAGAAGACCGUAUGGCCACGUCCAUGUACGAGGUGUUCAGUUGGACCGAGCAACCUGGUGCUGCCUCUAACCCUCCCGUGCGUCCGGUUAGACGCUCAGUGACUCCCGGUUCCGAACGAUCCGGUUCUCUGCACAAACGUUACAGUCUGGCCGUAGCUCCUCACAGCACUAUCGACCUGGACGCCGGUGAGUCUGGACAUCAGCUUAAGUCGACUAAAAAUCAGGCGAUUUCCGCACCGUCGACACCGAACAGCAGACAUUCGGCGGCUGUUGGUGCAAUGUCGAUGAGCGUGUGCGGUGAGCGUGGAUUAAUUGAUACUUUUGGGGACCCGUGUAAAGGAUAUUGA